AUGGCGGCCGCUCCGUGCGUGGCGUAGUGUCGUGUGCGCGAGGGUGGGCGACGUCCGAGCUCGUCCCGGAAGCGGCGGGGCGCCGGCCGGGGUGGGGAAGGCGGCUGGAGCUGGGGGCGCCCGGACAGAGCCGUCCCCUCCUGGGCGUCUUAUGAGGACCCGAAAGCUUGCAGAUGGAGUGCCAUCUUCAGCACGCCAGAAGGCUGGAAACAACACAGCAACCCAGUCUUCAUCUCAUCAAGAGGUUGAUCUUUGCAAAUCUACUAAAACAGUGUGUCUGGCUUCUUCACACAAAGCAACUGACAGACGCCCUUCAAAGAGGCUAAAAUGUGAAAAAAACAGUCUAGUGAAACUGGAGUUACAAGAACUUGUAUCUGGAAAUGGAAGUGUUCCUCUUCUGAAAGAACCAACGGAAACGUCUGAUGAGGAUCAACAUUUGGGAGAUUCAGUUGACCCCAAUAUGAAGCCUUUACAGAGUAAAAGCAGAAGUGCUCCAAAGAUUAAUGAAGAGAUACAGGGGAAUGAUGAUGAUGUUUCCAUAAAACCAUCUGCACUGAAGGGAAAUAGCUGCCCACCAAAGAAAGAGGAAGAUGAAACUUUCCUGCAAAACCAUAUCCCAAAUGUGGAAGAGGAGAGCAGCUGUGGAACUGCGUUUUCAGAUGAGUCUGGGCUGGAGACUGUGGAUCUCCAGAAGAAACCAAUACAAUUGGAUAAUAGUGCUUUCUUAGAUGAGGACAGUAACCAGCCAAUGCCAGUGGACCGAUUCUUUGGAAAUAUGGAGUUCAUGCAGGACCUCCCAGCAGCUGCAGUCGCGUGCACCACAAUGAGCAGGCGGGAACUUAGAAAGCUGCACUUCAUUGCAAAGGAAGAUGAUGACGACGAUGAUGCACUUUAAGCACAGAAUGCAAAAAAGAUAACUUUUUUAAGUUGUUAAAUUGUCUAUUUUUCUAUAAGUCUGUUAAAAUAAUUAGUGAUCCUAUUAUAAUUAGCUAUCCUACCCAUCACAUGUCACUGGCAUGACAUCUUUCUACAAGUGCCUUUCUUAGAGAGAAACUGUCUAUUUCUAUAGGAAUCCUAGACAAAACCCAAAGCUGAGUGUGGAAGAGAGUGAAGUGCCUUUACUAGUGAAUGUGGAAGUGUGAAGUCAGCAGGAUUUAGAAGCCACAGCUACUGAUUUAACAGAAUUAAACAAUUUAAUAGAAUUAAAGGACUGGUUGCUUUAAUAAACGAAGCAAUUUUACUUUAUCUCUUUGUCGUGAAGAGGAACAGCUAACGAGCAUUAUGUAAAUUUGAGUGCAUACAACACAAGUCACCGUGGGGCUAACAGUUAUUUUCUUAAAAAGCAGAAAAAUCUUAAAAGCAAAAUGUGACUAACACACUUGUGUUAUUAUUGUAUGGUGUUCUUCAUAGGUGCCUAGUAAGUAAGCUGCUAGUACCCAAUACCUAAGAGGGAGUCCAUCAUGUAUUUCUUAUGUUUAGUGUUACACCAUUUGUUCACUUCUGAAACUAAUCAAUUCUACUUACAAACCUUUAAAUUGCGGUUCUGUUGGGAAAACUGGCCCUGUACAAAUGUCAGUGUGGGUUCUAUGUUUUGUCUCUAGAUGACCAGAUGUGCUUAUUUUACGAACAAGUAUGGGAGCUUUACUCUCUGCCUGUUCAACAACCUCCACCUGCCAUCUGAGAUAUAAGCUCGGUUUUCUUUCUUUCUCAUAUAUUACCAGCAGUAAAGCUACUGUAGGAUAAAUAUUGCCCUCACUUAUACCCAUGUAACCUUACUGUUUUCUUCAGUUGGUUUACACUGAUGGGAGCUCAGUAAAUAAUUCUGUUGAUGCUCAAGGAGUAAAAACUAAUCUCUGAGCUUUCUUCAGCAAUUUAUUACUAGAUGAAUGGUGUUGGAAGUAUGGAAUAAGGUCGGUCUGCCUGAUUUUCCCAGGUGGUAGCUUCAAAUGACUUUAUGAAAAUUAUUAGUUAAUCUAACGUUGGUAACACUUCAUUGGAAGUGGUUAUUAGGCAAUAAGCUUCCAGAUCUAUAUUUUUGAAACUUUAAGUACUUGCUCUCCGAAUUUCUAGAAAAGUAGGAAACCUAUCGGCAGAUGGCUUAUAUAAAUAUUCAUUUCUACAGCUAUUGCCUAUUAAGCAGCCACAUAAAAGCUGAAUGAAUUGUAUAGGGUAUGUUCAUUCUCUUAUUUUCACUUCAUCUGAUAUGCUAUUGCUACCAGCAAUGUCUUACUGCUUUUCCUCUUUUCUAAUGCAGUAAUAUAAAGGCAUUCAACUUUUUUAAAUAGUGUGAUUAUGAUUUUUAACAACUAAAUCUUGCUGUAAUCCCUAUACCUUUAUCCUUCAGGCUUUUGGGGAUUUAUUUGUGAACCAAUGUCCCUCAUAAGUGUCUAUUCGGGUGGAAUAACAUGUAUUUUUAAUAGCAUCUUGAAGGGUGAUGUUAAAUUAUUUAGGGAACAUGCUUUAUAGACCACAUUACAGUUGUCAGCAGGGCAAGAACAGGAUCUUCAUUUGUUAUGACAUCUCCAAAAAUGUCAUCCUGGAGUGUGUGUAGAUUUAUUUACAGGUAUUAAAACAGUUACAGAUUA